AUGAGUAAAAGAUCAAUAUUACAUAACUAUAAUAUAUUUUUUUUGAUAUGUGGUGUUGGUUGUAUAAACUACGGCCAAAGAAAUAUUAUGACGAAAGGGAUGUUUUAUUUCUUACGAUAUCUAUUAAUAUGUCUUGGUCUAUUUUUACUCUAUGACUCCAACCAAUGGAUAUUUCAUAAGGAUCAGGAAAUGUCUGAAGCAACGUCUUUUAUAAUGAUUAGUUGUUUUGAAUUGAUGGUGAUUGGAAAAUUUAUAUCGAUUAUUUGGCGUGUAUUUUUCGAUAAAGAACUAUCCAUAACAUUAUCUAAUAUUGAAAAAAUUGACGAAAAAUUGAAUCGUUUAAAUAUGACGGGCCCGAUGAAAAUUAAAAUGAAUUGGUUUUUCAUUGUCAAAAUAAUUUUACAUGUUAUAGCAAGUAUUAUAACUGUUAUGUUGGAUAAAAAUUUUUAUCGAACAUUAAAUGUUUGCCAAUUGACUACAUUUUAUGAAUAUAUUCUACUAACAAUGUACAUAAGAUGGAUGGUGAACAUGAUAAAUGAAAACAUACGAGUAAAAAAAUCAUGCUUAAGUACAUUUAGAGAUAUGUAUUUGGAAGUUGAAGAAUAUUUAAACCACAUUAAUAAAUCAAUUUAUGGUUUGCCAGCUAUCACUACAUUUGUUGCACUAAAUAUCUGUGAUAUUAUUCCACAGAACAAGAGGUUAAUAAAUCGGAUGAAUCUUGUCUUACAUCAGCGGUUCAUAUUGGAACGAAACCCUAGAAUUAAACGUCAGAUCAAGUUUUUCAUUCUAAGAAGAUUAUACAAACAUUUUCGUUUUGAGCUGUUCGGAAUAUGUCAUAUUAAUCAAAGACAACUACUUAUUUUAUUAAACAAAGCAUUGGCUUAUUUAAUAAUUCAAAUUCUAUUCAAAUUAAAUUAA